AAACUCUUCACUCCCACCACAGCCGCUCUCCAUCUACCCCCAUCCCAAUCCAAAAAAAAAUGCAGCUCCUCCUCUUGCUACUCCUCCACCUCCACCUCCAAAUCCACACAACUCACUCAGCCCACAUCCCAGAAUACAAAGCACUUCUCUCGGCAAAGUCCCUCAUAGACGACCCACAAUCGGCCCUUUCAUCAUGGAACGCCACCACCAACCACUGCACGUGGAGGGGCGUCACGUGCAGCGACACCACUCACCGUCACGUGACAUCUCUUGACCUCUCCGGUCUCAACCUCUCCGGCACUCUCUCCCCUGACCUCGCCCACCUCCGCUUCGUUUCGAACCUCACCGUCGCCUCUAACCGACUCUCCGGCCCCAUUCCUCCGCAGCUCUCUUCUCUCUCGGCUCUCCGCUACCUCAACCUCUCCAACAACAUUUUCAACGGCACUUUCCCAACCCAACUCGCUUCCCUCAAGAACCUCCAAGUCCUCGAUCUCUACAACAACUACAUGACCGGUGAGUUGCCUCUGACUGUCGUUGAAAUGCCUAACCUCCGCCACUUGCAUCUCGGCGGAAACUAUUUCACCGGUCAGAUCCCGACCCAGUACGGAAAAUGGCAGUUUCUUGAGUAUUUGGCCGUUUCCGGCAACGAACUAAACGGAACUAUACCUGCCGAGAUCGGAAACUUGACGACCCUGCGUGAGCUUUACCUUGGAUACAAUGCCUACGAGGGAGACAUUCCCGCCGAGAUCGGAAACCUGUCGGAGCUUGUUCGUAUCGACGCCGCAAACUGUGGGUUAACCGGAAAGAUACCACCGGAGAUUGGGAAGCUACAGAAGCUCCACACUCUGUUUUUGCAAGUGAAUGCGCUUUCGGGGUCUUUGACGGUGGAGCUUGGGAAUUUGGCGAGCUUGAAAUUAAUGGACUUGUCGAUCAACAUGCUCACGGGUGAAAUUCCAUCCUCGUUUGCUCAGCUGAAGAAGAUGACGCUGUUGAACUUGUUUCGCAACAAGCUUCAUGGAGCUAUUCCGGACUGUAUCGGAGACCUGCCGGCGCUCGAGGUUUUACAGUUGCGGGAGAACAACUUUACUGGU